AUGUCGGCCGUCCCUUCAGACCCCGAGGGGCGGCCCAUCGCUGAGCCUAUCGGUGCACCCAUUUCUGAUCCCAUAUCCGAACCUCCCGCCCCCGCCCCCGCACCCACCGCACCGACGCGUCCACUCAGCCGCAAUGUCACGCCGCAUCUCACCAGCGAAGAGGUCAGCGCCUUGCGUCGGGCGAGCUUCGCAAAGCUUUUCGAGAGGUGGAACGGCAUCUCACACAAGUAUGGAAUGAUCGCACCGGAAGAGGACGACGAGAUUGACCUCAUCACGGGCGAGAUUACGUGUGACAGGGGCAGAAUUAGAGCCUUGAAAACACGCGCUUUUGCCCGUGAGCUUCCAUUCGUCGAAGGAGACGACGACGAUGACGACGAUGAAGGAGAUGACGAGGAAGACGAAGGGGACGACUCCGACACGCCUAUGCCUCCUCAGGACGACGACGCGACGCCCGAGCCAGAAGCGCGAAACGGGACCGAGGAAGGUCAUCCCUUGCUGCAGGAGCAGCCGUGGACAGCCGAGGACGACCGAGAUCUCGAAGAGUUCAUGAAGGUUGAACGCAUGCGUCGACUCGCCACCGGCGAAGCUCCUCAAGACGAACCUGUGCCUGCUGAGCUCGACAUGGGUCUCGGAGCCAACAUGGGCCCCGGGCAAAUGGACGUCAUCGCCAUGCUCGUUCGAAGAGAAGUGGAACGUAUGCUGGGCGGAGGUGGUCUUCAGCCUGCCCUGCCGGUUCCUAAUGCAGCCGCUCAAGCUACGGCUAAUGGAGCUCCUGCGGCAACCAAUUCUGGUCCUCCGCAGCUGAACGGUUCCAAUGGCUUGCCGACUGUUUCUGAGCGCCCAGCGGUCGCGAACCAUCGUCAAGUCGAACGCACCGCAUCUAUCGGCCUCGCUGCAAAGCAUCCCGUCAGCACUGAAGAAUGGCUCUACUCCAAGACCGCCCCGGUUGUCGUUAAGUGCUUCCAAAAAGCAAAGGGCAAGGGCAGGAUGGCAGGCGAGCGUCCGAAUGAGGACGGCAAUCUUCGCCGCCAGAGUGCUCCACCACCGCGCUCGAGUCUCAGCGUCGAGAUAACUCGCAAGGAGCGACGAGCGAGUGAGGGGGAUGUACCUGAGCGACAAAGUGGCUCUCCAUCUCCGUUGGAUCCUGCCGACCCUCCUAAGAAGCGACGGAAGCGCCGGAUCUCCGACGAGGAGGUGGAUGCCAAUGGGGAACGUGCGAAGUUUACACCUCCCAAUGUCUACCUCAAGUCACUCUCCUAUCACGAAGGGAAGCUCCGCGAAUGCCGAUACUGCCUCGACGCGGGCGAACCACGGUCCCGUUACGCCGCGCUCUGCCGAGGGCGCAUCGACGAGCUGAUGUGCCGCUUCCCCCAAAUGACAGAGGAGGAGGUGAAAGCUGCGAUCGCCUACCGUGAGGAGGAAGAAGCCAACUAUGCGGCCACGCAGAAGCCGGAAGCAAGGACUAAGAAGCGCACCAAGCUUGCUCCGCCGGCAGAGGUUGUCACUGAGAUCCCGACAUCCUGGCGCCCUAGGCCGGGAGACGAGCGUUAUUCCAUGGCUCCUCAUCGUGUGCGCGGCGGUUCGUUCAAGCGCUGCAAGUUAUGCGUGGUCGCUGGCGGAGUCCGUGAAAAGCGUUCCAUGUUCUGUAUGGGACGCAGCGGCUACGGCAAAUGCGCUUUCGAGUUUGAAGACCCCUCAGGCUCGUCUGGAGACGAAGAGGAGACGCCGGAACAGGCUGCCAUCAAGCAGAUGGAGCACCGCCUGUUGCGAGCGCAGAACGCGCGAAUGGGUAUGGUGGCACGUGUUCUCAAGAAGGAGGAGGUCCCCGCUGCUCCGUUGCGCAAGUCCACGACACCUUAUGUCUCCUAUCGACAGCAGUCGACCCGACCUGGUCUGCCGGCUACCCGAGGACCGAGCAAAGCUCCCGAAGGCGAGGAGCUUAAUCCACGAGCCCCCAACGGCCGUCUCAAGCCUCGUUGCGGACCCUGUCUGCGCGCAGGCGGCAAACGAGCAGAGCGAGCCUUCCUCUGCCCCGGCAGUGGCCGACCUAAGUACUGCGAGUACGCGCCUAGUGCUCCGGGGCAGGGUGCCAUGGCCGGGCCUAGCGAAGAUGACACCGAGGCGACCGAUAAUAAGGACUCGGCCGUUGAGGCGGAGACAUUCCCGGAUCCGGAGAUCGAGUUCAUCGUGCAACAGCCGCUCCAAACCCCAGCUAAGAGCUCGGCCAAGCCUGAGUCGGUCACCCCGGCUUCGGGCAAGAAACCCACCGUCACGUCAGCGAAUAAGGCGAAGGAGCACAAAGUGAAGGAGCCAAAGCCGAAGGAACUCAAUGCAAAGAAGAAGAAGCGCCCCCGCAACAGCAGACUCGGAAUGGAGGAGUCCUCAGCGGAAGACUACGAGACAGAGGAGUCUGACCACUCGCUCUCGUUCGCGGACUCGGACGACAGCGCCGACUCAUCUGCAAGUGAGGACGGCCACAUCAUACGGCGCUACAACCGCGAGAGCACCGGGUACACGCUUCAGUCUGACGAGUCGCAAGACUUGUCCGUUCCCUUAGACUAUGGCGGUGCCGACGCCGCCGAUGAUGAGUUCGAGGGUGUCGACACGUCCAUGGAGUCCGCCAUGGAAUCCGCCGAGGCCGUCGACCCGCAGAUCCUACGCACUGUGGCGGCGGGCAUGGACGACUUUGUCCCCCGCCCGAACACGAACAAGUACGCGCCGUACCUCUCCUUUAGCGACGGCGGGGAGGGGUGGGCGACGUGCGCGCUGUGCGAGGCGGCUGGCGGAUCCCGCGCCGAGUGCGCGAUGUGGUGCUACGGCCGCGACGGCGAGCACAUGUGUCGCCUGAAUCCGGGCUGGGUACCGCCCGAACCUCCGCGCUCCCGCCGCGAGUCGCAGCGCAUGUCUUCCGCCGAGCGCGGCGACCUGCCCUUCUCUCCCGAACACUCGCCCGAUCCCCUCGAGUCGGACGUUGAGAUGGACGAUAUUGUCCCCAUCGGCGACCUGGCGGUGCACGAGGGCGGCGAGACCGAGCCCGAAAUCGGGGACAGCAGCUUUGACUCGGAGCCUGCUCCCAUCGUCCGACGCUCACCCGUUCCCCACUCUACGCCCCCGCCGAACUCGCUGCGCGAGUCCAGCGCCCAUGCCCCCAGCCACUCUCCCCCGCGCAUCACAGUCAACGGCUCCCAACCCCCAAGCACGCAGUAUCGUGACCCGGCCGCCUUCGUUGCGUCCUCUGACCCCGCGCCAUCCUCCUCACCCCGCAGCGCAGCGUCCUAUGCCUCUCCCCUCCCCCAUGCCGCUGAUGGCCUCCAAGCCGCUCUCGCCCGGAGCAUCAAGAGGGACUACCUCGCCACCUCCCCGCGGCGGACCCAGCAGACCUAA